GUUCUUUCUGAAAGCAACAUUGCUGCUUGUACAGAUAUGGAACAAAUUUCAAACCAAGAUGAAUUGACUUCUAUGGAAAAGGACCAUAAGGCUGCAAAUGAUUUUGAUAUCUGCAUUCCUGAUUCUGUUCUAGAAGACAGAGUUCUUUCUAAAAGCAACAUCGCUGCUUGUACAGAUGUGGAACAAAAUUCAAACCAAGAUGAAUUGACUUCUAUGGAGAAGGAACACAAGGCUGCAAAUGAUUUUGAUCUCUGUAUUCCUGACUCUGUUCUGGAACACACGCCUCCUCAGGAUAGAGUCAUUUUUAGAUGCAACAAUGAUACAUGCACAGAUAUGGAAGAAAAUUUAAACCAAAUUGAAUUGAGUUCUGUGGGAGAAGGACCAUAAGGCUGCACAUGAUUUUACUGGAGAUAUCAGCAAUGCGCCUGAAAGAAAUGCAGGGGAUGGAGUUGCGGGUAAAACAAGUGCAAUGGCCUUGCCUUCUAUUCAAGCACCAAUUAUAGCAUAUACCAGAAGAAAGUCCAGAACUGUUGAUCCUCUCACGGGACGUUGUCUGUUCCUAGAAAAUGCCAAAACUGACGAAGAUGGAGAACUUGUGACUUCUAAAAUAAAUACUGCCAAGGGCACUUCGCCUCCCUCAGAAAUCGUUCAGUUGCACGCUUCUGGUAAUGAACUGUGUGAACCGGUUUUGUUGGCUAAUCAAGCAAGGGAUGAAGUGCAGUCCGAUGAUUUGCAAAGAGAUAAUUCUGUUACAAAUUCUCAAGUUAAACAGAUCCCGAUUGAGCCAGACAGCGGACCAUGUUUACGUGUCUCUAAAGAUAAUAUUUUGUGCCCUGAUGAUCUUUCUGUUUCACAUGUAGAAACACUACCAAUUCGUAGUGAUUUGCCGGUUGGCUACAGCAACCUUGCUGAGUUGAAUAACUCAGUUUCUUGCUGGGAUCCGAAACCAAGUUCUGGUGAGAAUAACUGUUCUUCCAAGGAAGCACAAGUUAUUUCAGAACUAAAUUCUCACAGAAACGAUGAUAUCGGUGAUAAUCUGGGUAAAACCGUCAGUUGUGGGAUGCUACUUCCUCCCCAUGCCCGUGUCAUCGCUUUUUUUAAGCAGACGAGAGAAUGAAAUUCUCAUUUGUGUCAUUUGUGGCCCUGUGGUGGAUCAGGAGAGGACUUUGUUCACCUACAAGGUGUUUAUUAAGGAACCAAAUGUUGGGUGCCCAUCUUUCAUUGCCCACUCGUCAUUACGGCUUCCUGAUCCAAAACAUAACUUCAUUAGAGAAACUCUGGUCGAAAGAUCUGGCGUGCAGUUAACUCCUGAUGGGCAGUAUAUUGUCUUACUUGGCAGCAUAAAAACUCCCAAUUGCAGGUUGACUGUUUCUCUGUUUUAUUUAAAACAUAUAUCGUUCAUACCCGUGUUUAAUAGCAUAUCUUA